GUAAGCCAACACAGUAGUCUCUAGAAUUUGUGUAAAUUCCUAAGUUAGAUAAACAAUAGGAAUUGAUUAGUUAAUAUCGUAGGCAACUAAACAAAAUUAUAUUAAUGGAAGACACGAGCGAAUCGAGUUGCUCGGCACUCCACACAGAAACAACAACAGAGACGGACAGUGAUGCACAGAAGCAGCAGCAGCAGCAACAACAGCAGGCGGCCCGGGCAAAUGCAUUGAAGGGCGACCACGGCGAGGGGGAGGAGGAGGACGAGGAGGAGCCCGAGGAGAAGCCCAUGUGCAGUGCCGACUGCCAGAAGACAAAGAAACGAUUUACUGUCAAGAAAUGGAAUGCGGUUGCUAUGUGGGCAUGGGAUAUUGCCGUGGACACUUGCGCCAUUUGCCGCAAUUCGAUAAUGGAUCUGUGCAUCGAAUGCCAAGCGGAUCCCAAUCAGAAUUCCUUCGAGGAAUGCACCGUGGCCUGGGGUGUUUGCAACCAUGCCUACCACUUUCAUUGCAUAUCGCGUUGGCUCAAAUCGCGCUCCGUCUGCCCGCUGGACAAUCGCGAGUGGGAGUUCCAGAAGCUGGGCCGCUAGCUGCAAGACGAACUUGUAAUACGAAAUCGUUGAACGCUGACUCAACGUCUUGAACUUUAUCAUUAUUUUGUGUGUUAAUUAUGCAUCCUUUCGACAACUGGCGCAGGAGGCGUGGCUGCGGCCAAUUAUCAUUUUUGUGUGCGUUGGCAACUUUUGCCGGCACUUAAUAAACGAGGCCAGAAGCCGGUUCCGUCUGCUGUGCAACUCAAAACUUUAUCC